GUUUCAGAAAUCACAACCAGAGAAGACCGGAGGGGAGGUAAGAGAGAGAGAGAGAUAAACAGGUAAGAUGGUGCAUAAUGCUUACGAUUCCUUCGAGUUAAUCCGUAAUUGUCCAACGAAGAUAGAUGCCGUCGAAUCCUUUGGUUCUAAGAUAUUUCUCGGCUGUUCAGAUGGAUCAAUUCGGAUCUACGCCCCUGAAUCCGUCUGCUCCGAGAACUCUCCACAGCCUGAUUAUCGAAAUGUUCAAUCCCUUGAGCUGCUGAAAGAGCCAUAUAUAUUGGAGAGAACUGUCAAUGGAUUCUCUAAGAAGCCGCUUCUGGCGAUGGAGGUUCUUGACUCUAGGGAACUGUUACUUUCUCUCUCAGAGUCGAUCGCAUUUCACCUUCUCCCGAACUUGGAGACCUUCGCAGUUAUUACCAAAGCAAAAGGUGCGAAUGUCUACUCGUGGGAUGAUCGGAGAGGAUUCUUGUGCUUCGCUAGGCAAAAGAGGGUGUGCAUUUUCAGACACGACGGAGGUCGAGGGUUUGUGGAGGUCAAAGACUUUGGUGUUCCUGAUACGGUCAAGUCGUUGUCUUGGUGUGGAGAGAACAUUUGUUUGGGGAUUAAAAGGGAAUACAUGAUACUUAAUUCCACAAAUGGUGCAUUAUCCCAGGUAUUCCCAUCUGGAAGAACUGCCCCACCAUUGGUGAUUACUCUUCCAUCCGGAGAAUUACUGUUAGGAAAGGAUAAUAUUGGGGUGCUUGUUGACCAAGGUGGGAAACUUGUGCAAGAAGGCAGAGUUUGUUGGUCUGAGGCUCCUACAUCCAUUGUUAUACAGAAUCUGUAUGCAAUUGGUCUCCUACCAAGACAUGUUGAGGUACGGUCCCUCCGAAAUCCUUAUCCUUUGAUACAGACUGUUGUUCUUCGCAAUGUCCGGCAUCUUCGUGAAGGUUCCAAUACCAUAAUUAUUGCCCUGGACAACACUGUUUAUGGAUUGUUUCCUGUUCCUCUUGGCGCUCAGAUUGUGCAAUUAACGGCAUCAGGAAAUUUUGACGAGGCUUUGGCUGUAUGUAAAUUACUGCCACUGGAGGAGUCAAGCCUUCGAGCUUCUAAAGAGCAGUCAAUUCAUAUAAGAUAUGCUCAUUCUUUGUUUGAGAAUGGGAACUAUGAAGAAGCCAUGGAACAUUUUCUAGCAUCUCAAGUAGGAAUCACAUAUGUGCUUUCUAUGUAUCCAUCCAUUACCAUUCCCAAAUUGGCAACAACUUCAGAACCGGAAAAAAUUGUGGAUAUAACUGGAGAGUCUGCCUUCCUCUCUAGAAGUUUAUCUGGUUUGUCAGAUGAUAUGGAAUCCUCAUUACCUGCAACUCAGAUAGUUUCUGAAGAGAUCACGACCCUUGAGUCCAAGAAACUGAACCAUAACACUCUGAUGGCCCUUAUCAAGUUCUUACAGAAGAAAAGACACAGUAUAAUUGAACGAGCUGCUGCUGAAGGAACUGACGAGGUUGUUUCAGAUGCUGUUGGAGAUAACUUUUUAUCUUAUGAUGCUGGAAGUUCUAAGAAAUCUACAAAGGCUCGAAUGAAUAUUACCAUUAGUUCAGGUGCCAGGGAAAUGGCAGCAAUAUUGGACACGGCGCUAGUCCAAGCUCUUAUCAUGACUGGACAAUCUAAAGCUGCAGUAGAGCUACUUAAAAGUCUUAAUUACUGUGAUGUAAACAUUUCUGAAGAGUUUCUGCAGAAAAAGAAUGAGUACGUCUCUCUACUUGAGCUGUAUAAAAGCAACUCAAUGCACGAUGAAGCUCUUAAACUUUUACAUCAUUUGGUAGAAGAAUCCAUGUCAAACCAGUCAAAAACUGAGCUUCCUCAGAAGUUCAAACCUGAGAUGAUCAUUGAGUAUCUGAAGCCUCUUUGUGUGUCAGAUCCCAUGCUAGUAUUGGGAUCAUCAAUGGUUGUGCUUGAAAGAUGUCCAACACAAACAAUUGAGCUUUUUUUGUCUGGAAACAUUCCAGCCGAUCUUGUUAACUCUUACUUAAAGCAGCAUGCUCCAAAUCUGCAGACAACAUAUUUAGAACUUAUGCUCUCUAUGAAUGAAAAUGGAAUGUCUGGAAAUCUGCAAAUUGAAAUGAUACAAAUCUAUCUCUCUGAAGUUCUUGAUUGGUAUGCUGACCUAAGCACUCAACAGAAAUGGGAUGAGAAAGAUUAUUCCCCAACAAGAAAGAAAUUACUGUCUGCUUUAGAGAAUAUCACAGGGUAUAAUCCUGACUUGAUAUUGCAUCGUCUUCCAAAAGACGCCCUCUAUGAAGAACGUGCCAUUUUAUUGGGUAAAAUGAACCAGCACGAGCUUGCUUUAUCUAUACAUGUCCAUAAGCUUCAUCUUCCCGAGCUGGCACUGUCCUAUUGUGAUCGCAUUUAUGACUCCACACUUAACCAACAUUCUUCUGCAAAGGCUAACGGCAUUAUAUACCUUACUCUUUUGCAAAUCUAUCUGAACCCCAAAAGGGCGACGAAAAACAUUGAGAAGCGAAUUACCAAUCCUGUAUCGCUUCAGAGAGUGGGUUCUCCAAAGUCUAAAUUGAAAGGGAGUCGCUCAGUUAAGAAAAUAGCGGAAAUAGAAGGUGCAGAGGAUAAACGUUUCAGUCGUAAUAAUAGCAUUGACAGCGCGAGAAGUGAUGUGGACACAGACGGGACUAUUGAGGAAGUAGGAGCCUCUAAUAUUAUGUUGGAGCAGGUUCUUGAUCUGUUAAGCCGAAGAUGGGAUAGAUUUAAUGGUGCUCAAGCCUUGAAGCUAUUACCAAGGGAAUCUAAGCUUCAGAACUUUCUUCCUUUUCUUGGACCUCUUAUUAGAAAAUCAAGUGAAACAUACAGAAACCUGUCUGUUAUCAAGAGUUUAAGAGGAAGCGAAAACCUGCAGGUGAAAGACGAACUUUACAAACAUAGAAAAACACAAGUGAAGAUUACAAGUGAUUGUAUGUGUUCGCUCUGUAACAAGAAGAUAGGCACCAGCGUUUUUGCAGUCUAUCCUAACGGCACAACGCUAGUGCAUUUAGUAUGCUUUAGAGACUCGCAGAACAUGAAGGCUGUCGUGAAGAACAAUCCUAGACGGAGAAGAUGAGGAAAAAACAAAUCUUUCAGGUUGGUGGCUGACUAUUAAUUAAUUAAUUAAUUGUUUGUUCAAAUAAGUUUAUCAUGUACAAUCUUGAAAAUAUAUGAACCAUAUAUAUGAAUCAUCAUCGAAAAUGAAACUAGACACACUAUUAGA